UGAAAUGUCAAACUGUGAAAUGGUGAUGAAUGUUUGUGGUUUUUAUUAAUUUAUAAUUGAUUGCAAAGUAAUUUGGAAAAGGUUUUAUUUGCAUAAGAAUAUAUGCAUUAUAAUGGCGACUUCAAGCGAUACUUCUGAUCAGAAUGUUAAGUCUAGGCGCCCUGCAGAGUCUGCUUUCAAACAACAGCGAUUGCCUGCCUGGCAGCCAAUUCUUACAGCAGGCACAGUUUUGCCGACCUUUUUUGUGAUUGGUAUUGCAUUUAUUCCUGUGGGUAUUGGCCUACUAUACUUCUCUGAUGAGGUAAAGGAACAUGUAAUAGAUUACACAUAUUGUAUGAAGGAAAAUGAGAAUAUAACGUGUGCUGACUAUAUCAGGCAAAACAAUAUGUCAGCUUGCACAUGCCAGAUAGAAUUCAACUUGACUGAAGAUUUUAAGGGGGAUGUGUACUUCUAUUAUGGGCUUGCCAAUUAUUAUCAGAAUCAUCGUAGAUAUGUAAAAUCCAGAGAUGAUAACCAGCUUCUUGGUCGACCUGGUUUACCGUCAAGUGACUGUGAACCAUUUGCAUAUGAAAAUAAUGUAGCUAUAGCGCCUUGUGGUGCAAUAGCCAACUCUUUGUUCAAUGAUUCACUGUCAGUGUUGUCAAAGGAAAUGAAUAUGGAUGUGCCAGUACUAAGGACCGGUAUUGCUUGGACAUCUGACAAACAAAUCAAGUUUGCAAAUCCUCCUGGAGAUCUAAAGACUGCAUUCGCAAACUACACAAAGCCAAUAAACUGGCGUCGUCAUGUUUGGGAGUUGGAUCCAAAUAACACGGAAAAUAAUGGUUUUCAGAAUGAAGACUUGAUUGUAUGGAUGCGUACUGCGGCCUUGCCGACGUUCCGCAAACUGUACCGAAGAGUGGACCACUCGCAACCUGGAUUUAUUCCUGGCCUUGUGAAAGGGCCUUACGUGCUCCGUGUUGAAUAUAAUUACCCGGUGAUAGAGUUCGACGGGAAGAAGUCAUUCGUCAUAUCGACCACGUCACUGCUGGGGGGCAAGAACCCGUUCCUGGGCGUCGCGUAUGUGGUAGUGGGCACGCUUUGCUUGUUGCUGGGCAUUGUGCUACUGGUCAUACAUGUGAGGUGCUCCAAGAGCACAACGGAGAUGAUCAACGUGAAUCCACGCACGCCCUAUUCUUAAAGAACUUCCACCGCAUUGCAUCUGGCAAAAGGAAAAGUAAGCAUGUCUAACGGUUUAGCAUUUCAUCUUUAGUUGUAGUGAAGAAAAACGUUUACGUUGUAAUACUUUAAAGUUCUUUUCAAUGUGUGUUUGUUUUAAAUUGUCCUAUUUCUAGCUAUACUGACUUAACAGCUAAGAAAUAUAUAAUUAUAUUAAUUAUUGCUGCACUAUGAUUUCAUUCGUUCAUUGUUAAACCAAACGUGUGACUUUUUUGAUGGUAUAUAAUGCAAUGUCAUUACGUUAUUUUGAAAAACUUAGUCAAGUGGCUACAAUAGCCAAAUCCUUUUCCCAGAGUCCCUUAAGAAAUUAAUUUUCCAUUAUAGUAAGGCCCAAGACUUGAACAACGUAGAUGUAGAAACCUCAUUAUGCAACGUCGAGUGAUUGACAAUGAACGUGAUAAAAAUCGGCGUAGAUCACAGCGAAAACAAAACUUAAGUCGGUGCAGUUGAAACAACUAUUAUUUUAGCUUAAUACAUUAGUCUUAUUUAUACGGCAUAUUUGCGUCGAAAAUUCAUCAAUCGCCGAAAAAUCCACAACAAGUAUUUUCGAUUUUUUUUAAUUAUUGCAUAUUCAUCCUUUAUAAAUCUCAUGCCGUGCUGGACGUUGGUCCCAAUCUGCCUUUAUAAGGCGUUUGACAUUUUCCAUACAAAACUAAAAGUUUGCGUUGCAUUCAUUUGUUUUCCUAAGAAUAUACUGUAGAAAUAUCUAUAUUUAACUCGCGCACCUUGUUUUUAUAAUAAUCAAAUAACAAGCCUUUUGUUAUCUUAUCUAAUGAGAUUAUAAUAUAACAUCUACAGUAAUUUUAUUUCAUACUGAUUUCAAAGUGGUUCAAGUAAUCCGGAAAUAACUUUAAUUAUAUGUACUUUCUAUUACACCUAGAAAUUUUAGAAAAUUUAACAUUUCACGUUAGGAGUUAGUGUAAUUUCUAGAAAUGUUUUGCAAAUAAUGCACUUUUUUUUAACAUAACGUAUUUUUUGGAUAGAUAAUAUUAUGUUAAGCCCGUUUAUCAUAUGCGAGCUGUGACCGUUGCAGGUAUAGUCACGCGGUUUAAGUGAAUACAUUAACUAUUGUCAACGUCAAAAUUAUAACACCAUAGGAUAUUAUUGUUGGUUAAUGUCUGCGAACCCCUCAACCCUAUGUUGGUAUUGGCCUUACUCUGCGCUUAUAACGAAUUAUCAAAUAAAGAUAUUGUAACUGGACAUUUCACGGCCGAACUUACCUUUCUACAUUGUUCGAUUGUAGGUCCCAAUUUCUUGCAAGUGUCUCAUUUAUUUUUUAUCCUACAUGGAUUAACUACAGUGACUCAUGAACAAAAACGGCCAUACAAGACGGACAGACAAUAUAAAGUGAAUCGACAGGCCCAAGUGUAGAAGUCCUUAAUGAAGGUCGACCUGCAAGUAAACUUCCAUCAGUUGAAAUGAUGAUAAUGAACAUUUUCAUUGUUCUAAAUUUAACAUCGUUUUUUAUUUCCUAAAAGUAUAAUCAAUACGUUAUAUCCUAUACACAAAGUAAGUGCGCAGAUACGAGUAACAAAAUAUCUAUGCCGGUAACGAAUAGGUAACGAUUUCGAGUCAAAUUCAAAAUUCAAAAUUUCUUUAUUUAUGUAGGCCUAUCACAGGCACUUAUGAAGCGUUCAUACAUAUUUGUUUACAUAAUUGUAACGGGAUGGUGAUAACUUCGUUCGCCAACUUAAAUCUAAAGCUAUGAGGGUUCCAAACGCGCCCUGGUCUAAGAAGAGCCCACAACAAACUUAGCCGGGUAAGUCAGCCAGUAAACUAGAUACUCCAGUAACGAAUAAAUAUGGUUUGCCAUAGCUCUAGCCUCGAUGUGACUAGUGUAACCGCAAGUUACGGCUCGUUAGUGAUAUCCGAAGCUAUAUCUAAUGUUUUCCAAAUAAUGCACUUGAUUUAAAAUAACGUAUUUUUUUGGAUAGAUAUAUCUAAUGAUAUUAGAGGCUAAGAUUUAAGGAAAGCUGUUGGCUUGUAUUCGGUGUGUAGUAGCCUUAAUAAAAUUUAACUUAAAUUUGAUAUUGUGAUAUUAUGUUUGUUGGAUCAUCUUAUUUGUUGAUGUUAAAUAUUGUUAAGUUAUAUCAAAAAGUGAAGUUUUUUUACAAUGUAUGUUUUUUUUUCAUUACAGUUUAUUGGAUUUUUAAACAGGAAAAUUUAUUUACGUACUAGACUUACAUUUUUAUAUGUAUUGACUUCCAGGAUUAGGGCCCUUAUUCUCAUAUUAUAAUUGUAAGACACUAUUUACUGAUUGUGACGUCAAAGUUAACAUCUUAUUAUGCAUUUCGUGAGAACUUAAGAUACCAUAUAAGAAUCAGGGUUCUAAUUUAUUUUCAAAUAUUGAACAUGUUGAAGUCAACUUAAUAUUAAUAUAAUAUAAUUAAUAAAAUAAUCUAUAAAUAUUUUAACAUACAAAAGUCGAGAUUAGUGUUGCUUCUAAGUGCCUUUUAGUGAUGUAAAUUAUUUAUAAUAAACAUUUCGAUAUGUAUUUGUUAUAUCAAUAAUAAAGUCAUAACGAAAAUUAGCAAAAAAAAGCACUUUUUAAAAUAAUCCGUAGUAGUACUUGUAAUACAAAACAGGACGUUACCAAACAAAUGUUUCCGAGAGGGCAUUGCAUAGCCUUGUUAAUAAACGUGGCAUAACGUUUAUAUAAUAAUGCAAUGUUUUGAUCACAUUUGCAAGACCCUGACAAAUGAAGUACGAUUAAACACUGCAUAACUAUUCCAACGUUAUGUAAUGUUUAUUAAUAAGACCCUAGAGAUUAUAGGCGUUCGCUCAUUUAUCGACUCAACACCAUUUCAAGACCGGAUCAACUGCAAAUAACUAUUUACUGUCAAAGAGUCGUCAACUCAGGUCGUCAACCAGUAUGGUUGGUGCGGAGUACGAUCUCUCGGUCAACUAAGUAGUUGGCAACCCGUUAUCUACGAUCUUUAGUUAGAAGUGUUCGACGGGUGGGCAUCACUUACCACCAGGCGAGAUUGCAGUCAAGGGCUAACUUGUAGUGGAAUAAAAAAAAAAGAAUUGGUGUCGAGAUGAUAUGGUAUGUGAAGCACUUCUAAGUUUCAUUGGGAACAAACGACAACCGUAGAUUAAUCUAACAUUCAAGAAAAUUAAGUUGGUAAUUUAUUCAAUGCCCAUCUAAAUUGAAAACAUAAAUUAUCUGCAGUCCUUUUCAUAUAAAUUGUAUUUGCUGUCUCUCACUCCAUCUCCCUCUCUGUAAUACAUUGUUUUAAGAUGAAUUUGAAAUAUCAAUGUGAAAGUAAGCUAUGAGACUAUUCCUCGUAAUUACAGCCGUGCAAUUUUCGCUUCUGACCGCGUCAGCGCAUUUGCACGUUCAUGAACAAAGGAUCCUGAUAUUAGUGUAUGUGUAUUGUAAUUCAUUUUCAUCUUUGCUUAUAGCGUCGCCACAGAGAUUACAAUCUUAUAUUGUUUCUGCGACCUAAUCCUAAAAAAAAACCUUAAUAUGAUAUAAAAUAAAUGCAUUUACUUAUAUAAUUCGUAAUAAAAACGCAAACACCAAUAAAUUAAUAACUAAUCAGGUAGUUGUAUUGUCUAUGCGUAGGAUUCACAAAAUAAAUGUUUUAAAAUUGUUAA